UGAAUUAAGUUUAUAUCUGGUUCUAAUGAAUAAUGUUCUUUUAUUAAUCUGUUAAAUAGAAGAAUAAUAGGUGCAAUAAAAUGGUCAUUGAAGAGAACACAAUUCAUGCUACACAAUUUAAUCUAUUCAAAAUAAUUGUGAGGUUGGAUUAGUUUAGCAAGGAUGCAGAACAUAUACACAUUCAUAAAGCCUGUACGUCUUGUACACUUAUUCUCAAAACAAUUGAUAUUUUAAUAUUGGUAACAUUGGAAGGGGAGUAAAGUCAUUAUAAACAUAGUACGGAUCAUCACUUUCAUAUGUGUUUGUUGAACAUCCCAUCCCUUUGCUGUUGUAAUAACCUCCACUCUUCUGAGAAGGCUUUCCACUAGAUUUUUUUAUAGCGUGGCUGUGGGGAUUUGUGCUCAUUCAGCCACAAGAGCGUUACUGAGGUCAGGCACUUUGGUCAGGUGAGAAGGCCUGGUGCACAGUUCCAAAUCAUCUCAAAGGUGUGCAGUGGGGUUGAGGUCAGGGCUCUGUGCAGGCCACACGAGUUCUUCCACACCAAACUUGGCGAACCAUGUCUCCAUGGGGCUCGCUUUGUACACAGGAACAUUGCCUUACUGGACCAUGUUUGGGUCCCUUAGUUCCAGUGAAGGGAAAUUGUAAAGCUAGAGCAUACAAAGACAUUCUAUACAAUCGUGUGCUUCCAACUUUGUGGCAACAGUUUGGGGAAGAACCACAUAUAGGUGUGAUGGUCAGGUGGGUAUAAACCUUUGGCCAUAUACAAACCUUUGGGCGGCUGUGGCUCAGGUGGUGAGCGGGUUGUCCACUAAUCAUAGGGUUUACUCCACACUCCACAUGCCGAAGUGUUCUUGUGCAAGACACUGAACCCAAAAUUGCUCCCAAUGUCUUGCAUGGCAGCUCUGCUACCAUUGGUGCGUGUGAAUGGGUGAAUGCGACACAGUGUAAAGUGCUUUGUAGAAAGGUAAAAAAACAAAAGUGAUAUAUAUGUGCAGAGCUUAUAGUGUAUAUUUUAAGGGUAUUUCUGGCAUGCAAGAAGCAUGACCUAGAAUGGGCGUAGGCAGUGGCAUCCCUGUCGACUCCAUUGGCAGUGAGUUCUACUUGUUUCGUCUAAAAGCUGUAAAAGAACUAGCUUGUACUGUAUACAGACUGAUGUGGAAGCUGAAUCAUUUGUUGGACUAUAAACAGCGGCGUUUAAUGGCCAGUUCAUUGUGUGUUGGUGUCAUGCUGGUGAAUGAAAUGGUCACUACUCUGGUGAAGAAAGUAGGAUUGUGGGCUGAGAAGUGGGAGUAGCAGGGUUCACUGCUAUGGUGUGGUGAAGCUAGUUGAUACCGCCACUUGCAGAGUCAUUCUGGAACCCAACUGAUUUAACCUUUCAAAGCUAAGCCUAUGCUUGGAAUGUUAUUUAAUGCAUCUGUAGUGUACGAGACAACACCAUAAACACCUUCUCAAGUGUCGGACACUAAUGUGACGUGACGGACACAGAGCUAUUUCAACUUGAGUGAGUCCCUGAUCAAAGUAAAAAACUCAUUCGUUCAUGAUGCUGCAGGAUUGCGCUGAGCUUUCAAGAAAACAAGAAAGAGAAAAAAACAAUAAUGCAUGGCCGCGUUGGGCUUCCGUACUUAUGUGUGAAUGAGCGUGUGAAUGUGUGUGUGUGUGUGUGGUACUUUGUGAUGGAGUGGGGUUUUCCCUGGAAUGGCAUAUGUGCAUUUGCUCCCAGUGUUCCCAGGAUAGGCUUCAGAUUCACCAUGAUCCUGGCCAGGAUAAAAUGGUUACUGAAGAUGGAUGAAAGAAUUAAGAGUUUUGACAAGUUUUCCUGUACUGAGAAAGGACGCAAAGCCUGUUUACUCAAAACUCACUCGUAACGCAAGCCUAUGAGCCGGUACUUUUGGUAGUUUUGACACAUAUAGUAAAACCAAUUUACUACACACUAUAAACACACUCUAACAGGAUGAAAGAAUGUCUUACAAAACACUGUUUUGUAUUUUCCCACACAACUACGUCAGUGAUGCAGUACCAGGAAAGCUCGGCUUUAGAGCUUAAUGUACACGGAAGUGUCAAAUGGGUACGUUUGAAUAACUGUUUAUCGACGUAAUUCAACAACUUGGAUUGUUGUGCCGUACUUGUUGUGGAUUGUGCUUGGACUUCCUUUAUAAGUGGGUUUAGAGUAAACAAGUUUUCCUUAUGUUUCUUAGUACGACUCUUGUCCUUGGUCAUUGCACAUACGAUGGACGUAGUAGAUAGAGACUAGGAUAGAGACUAUUGAUAUUGGUAAUGAGUCUUUAUUGGUCACAGUACAGUGAAAUUCUUUUCUUCGCAUAACCCAGAAUGCCAGGAAGUUGGGGUCAGAGUGCAGGGUCAGUCAUGAUACCUGGAGCAGAGAGGGCUAAGGGCCUUGCUCAAGAGCCCAACAGUGGCAGUUUGGCACUGCCAGGGCUUGAACCCCCGACCUUCCGAUCAGUAACCCAGAGCCUGGCAGUGCUAAGGCUUGAACCCUCGACCUUCCGAUCAGUAACCAGACUAGGUUGAAAAAGCUCAUUUAAUAUUAUUAGCCUUUUAUCUGUCAUCUUGUAUCAUCUGCAUAAGAUGUCGCCCAUCCGAUUCUUGUUUCAGCUACACCCAAAGUCACGCACUUUUGCAUUCUUACCUCCACACAUUCAUUCAGCAUCAAAAAGUCUCUCCUGUACUGAGUGGGAGUCUGUAAAUAGCUAAGCUGAUGAUAGCAGUAAGAUCUUUUCUCACUUAGUGAAACGAUACUUGAGAAAAUGCGUUGCUCUGUGGUAUUCUCAGGUCCCGGUGUUACACUGAAACUGCUCCAGGUGCACACUCUGGCCCUGGUCUUUUUGGUUCCUGCUUGGCAGGGUUUCCUGCAGUGGACUACGUUAUGUGCCGCAGAGCGCUGAUUGCAGCGAUGGGAAAGCACUUCAGGGCUGCCCCUCAUGUCAGACACACACACACACGCACACACUUUGCUGGCCAGAGAGAGGGGAGCCAUUCUGUCGAGCCUGUACACACUGUACUGUCUGCCUGAAUCUUCUCUCACACACUCGCAGCCAUGCAGGAGCAGUGGCAGAGCAGCUCUGAGAACAGGCCGGCGGCAGUUCAGGGCUCCCAGCAGCAGACCCACACCCCGGCCUGUUUGAACCCCAGCCCGAACCCGGCCCUGAUGAACUCGCCCUGGUAUCAUUAUCAGGAUGACGAGUCACCACCGGAGCACAGUUACCCCAGGUUGACCGGCGAGGUGCGAGCGCCAGAGCUGGUGCACGUAUCUGAGAGGAACCUGUCGGAGAUUGAGAACGUGCAUGGCUACGUCUCACACUCACACAUCUCGCCGCUGAAGGCAAGCCCAGCACCAAUUAUAGUCAACACAGACACUCUGGAGUCGGUACCGUAUGUCAAUGGGACAGAAAUUGAAUAUGAAUUCGAAGAAAUUACGCUAGAGCGGGGUAACUCAGGGCUCGGGUUUAGUAUAGCAGGUGGGACAGAUAAUCCACACAUUGGAGACGAUCCUGGAAUUUUUAUCACCAAGAUCAUCCCAGGUGGUGCAGCGGCUGAGGACGGCAGGCUCAGGGUGAAUGACUGUAUCCUGCGUGUGAAUGAAGUAGACGUGUCCGAGGUUUCCCACAGCAGGGCCGUGGAGGCGCUGAAGGUGGCUGGCUCUAUUGUUCGACUCUACGUACGCAGAAGAAGACCCAUGCUGGAGACCAUCGUCGAGAUCAAACUCAUCAAAGGACCAAAAGCAAGAGGGAAUUACCCAGUUUCAACGGAACUUUACCAAGGGCUGGGGUUCAGUAUUGCAGGUGGAGUGGGUAACCAGCACAUUCCGGGCGAUAACAGCAUCUACGUCACUAAAAUAAUUGAUGGCGGAGCAGCACAGAAAGAUGGCAGGUUGCAGGUUGGGGACAGGCUCCUCAUGGUUAAUAACUACACUCUGGAGGAGGUGACCCAUGAGGAGGCAGUAGCCAUACUGAAGAACACAUCAGAUGUUGUGUAUUUGAAGGUGGGAAAGCCCACUAGUGUUUACCUUUCAGAUCCCUAUGGGCCUCCCGAUAUUACCCACUCAUUUUCCCCUGCUAUGGAUAAUCAUAUCUCUGGUAAUAACGGGACUCUGGAGUAUAAGUCCAGUCUUCCCCCCAUCUCCCCUGGACGCUACUCACCCCUGCCGCGCCACCUGCUGGGGGAGGAAGACAUUAACAGGUUGGAUGGCUUUUCAUUCUUACGGCCUCCAGAGCCAGUUUACAGCACUGUGAAUAAACUGUGUGAUCGUGCUCCCUCUCCCCGUCACUACUCCCCUGUGGAGUUUGAUAAAAGCCCACUGCACUCCGUCCCUUUCCCCCACUACCAUGUAGGUGUGCUCCCCGACUCCGACAUUACCAGGGAACCGAGGAAGAUUGUGCUACAUAAGGGUUCCACCGGACUGGGUUUUAACAUCGUAGGAGGUGAAGAUGGCGAGGGAAUCUUUGUGUCCUUUAUCCUGGCAGGAGGACCGGCUGACCUGAGCGGGGAGCUGAGAAGAGGAGACCAGAUUCUGUCUGUAAAUGGCAUUGAUUUGCGAGGAGCUACACAUGAACAGGCUGCGGCCGCGCUCAAGGGGGCGGGUCAGACGGUGGCCAUCGUUGCCCAAUACCGGCCUGAAGAGCUUGCGCUGUGCUCUCCACGUCGGGCCGCGCCUCCAGCUACAGAGUACGGGCGCUUUGAGGCCAAGAUUCAUGACCUGAGGGAGCAGAUGAUGAACCACAGUAUGAGCUCUGGAUCAGGAUCCCUCCGAACCAAUCAGAAACGCUCCCUUUAUGUCAGGGCCCUGUUCGACUAUGACCGGCUGAAGGACAGCGGUUUGCCCAGUCAGGGUCUUAGCUUCCGUUAUGGAGACAUCCUGCAUGUGAUUAAUGCGUCAGAUGAUGAAUGGUGGCAGGCGAGAAGAGUCACUCCAGACGGAGAUAGCGAGGAGAUGGGGGUCAUCCCCAGCAAGAGGAGGGUGGAGAGAAAAGAGCGAGCUCGGCUGAAGACAGUCAAAUUCAAUGCAAAGCCUGGCAGCAUUGACUCUAAAGGGUCAUUCAGUGAAAAACGUAGAAAGAACUCCAUCUUUUCACGAAAGUUCCCUUUCUACAAGAACAAGAUGCUGGAUGAGCAAGACGGCAGCGACUCGGAACGGAGCCAAGAGGAUGUGAUCCUCUCCUACGAGCCUGUGAUUCGACAAGAAAUCAACUAUGCCAGACCUGUGAUUAUUCUGGGGCCCAUGAAAGACAGAAUCAAUGAUGAUCUCAUCUCUGAAUUCCCAGACAAGUUUGGCUCAUGUGUGCCACAUACUACAAGAGCAAAGAGAGAAUAUGAAGUUGAUGGGCGAGACUACCACUUCGUCACCUCACGAGAGCAGAUGGAGAAGGAUAUACAAGAGCACAAGUUCAUUGAGGCCGGACAGUACAAUGACAACCUGUAUGGGACCAGCGUUCAGUCAGUUAGAUACGUGGCUGAGAGGGGAAAGCACUGCAUACUUGACGUAUCAGGAAAUGCCAUAAAAAGGCUACAAGUAGCACAACUCUACCCCAUUGCCAUCUUUAUAAAGCCUAAAUCCAUCGAAUCAUUAAUGGAGAUGAACAAGAGGUUGACGGAAGAGCAGGCCAAGAAGACGUAUGACCGGGCCAUGAAGCUGGAACAGGAGUUUGGCGAGUACUUUACAGCACUGGUGCAAGUAGACACGCUGGAGGAUAUUUACACUCAGUGUAAGAUGGUAAUAGAGGAGCAGUCAGGACCUUAUAUCUGGAUUCCCUCCAAAGAGAAGCUAUAAGGAACAAACUCCCCUGCCAGGGACCUCUGGACUGCAAAAAGAAAAAGAAAAAAAAAAGAAAAAAAGGGAAAAAACAGAAGAAAAAAAACAUAGGCAUCAUUUGUAACAUAUGAUAAAUUAUUAUGGUAAUGUUUCUUACUCAUAAUUCUAGUGAAUAUAAUUUCAUUUGUUUGUUUGUUGUUUGUUUGUUUAUCUGUUCUGUUGCAAAAUUUUUUCACUUUCAAUAUGAAUGUUUCUGAAUGUACACCACAAAGUGUUGGAGACAUUUUUUGACCUCGAAAAAAGGGACUGUUUGUAUAUAUAUAUUGGAUAGUAUUUUUCAUUAAGCGAAAAAAAUGAUCACACGCAUCAAAAUGUACACUGGCCGUUUUCUUUCAUGUUAAUCCCCGUUGGAGUUUGAACAGGAAGGACGGAGCAGACAGGGUCAGGACUCUGGAAGAUGGAUGAUCUUCACACCACCACCGUCAUCGUAAAUGAUAUCGGUUUUGUUCGCUUCAUGUCCGGCCGCUGUCCUGCAGGACCCUUCUCCCCACCGUCAGCUCUCUCUCUGCAGCGCUCUACGUCUCGCCCAAUUCAGAUCUAUGCAUUCCACUUCUCCGUAUUUGUACAUCGAUUUUCCUAUUUAUUUUUGUUUCACGUCAUCCCCUUUAUUUUUGUGAUUUCUUGAAGAUUUCUAUUGUACACGUAGCUAUGGAACGAUGCUUUAAUUUGUGUGAACUGUAAAAAGGGGAUACAGCUAGGUAUAGGCACUAUAUAUGACACUAUAUUUUGCUAUUUAUAUUGAUAUAGGGCACAACAGAAAACAGAACAGAACUUAUUUAUAAGAUAUGUAUAACUUUGUUUUAAAAAGUUAAACACUUUUGAAAAGGAUUUUAUUGGCGUAAGAUACAGCUGAGUCAGCAGAAGUAGAAACAGUUGGGGUGUUGUGCAUCCUGUGAAAAUUAGUCUUCAUUAAGGAAGUGUGUGUGUGUGUGUGUGUGUGUG